AUGGGCUGGUUCUUCAGCAUCAGCAUCAUCAACGUGCACUGCCCUAACCUCGGAAGUACCGUAGAUUUCGCCGCCUCCAAACGAAUGGCCAGCAGCUACCGGCCGGUAGAGUGGAAGGACGGGGUAAUAUGCCCCAUCUACAAGAAGGGCGACAAAUUGGACUGUGGUAACUACCUAGCGAUCACUCUCCUCAACACUGCCUACAAAGUGCUGCCCCGAAUCCUAGUCUGCCGCCUAACGCCACAAGCAAAUAGAUUCGUGGCAAGUCAUCAGGCCGGCUUCAUGGAGGGACGGUCAACGAUGGACCAGAUCUUCCCACUAGGGCGAAUCCUCCAAAAAUUCCGUGAUUACCAAGUCCCUACGCACCCAAUGUUGUGGAAAGAGAGGGGAUGA